AUGGAGGACACAUCUUUCCAGUGGCUGCUCUGGCUGACCACCACGCUCUGCUGCAGACCCGCUCAAGCUCAUCUGACCAUGACUCCCAGCAGCUCUCAGUUCUUCAGCUGGACACCUGUCACUCUGAGCUGUGAGGAGGUCGACGACUCCCCCGGAUGGACGCUGAGGAGGAACACCACAACAGACAACCAUACUCUAUGUGGUGCAUGGGGAAAGCCUGUUGGUUCUGCCUGUAACAUCAGCUACAUCGUCCCACGGGACAGUGGAGUCUACUGGUGUGAGUCCAGAGACGGAGUGACCAGUAACCCCAUCAACAUCACCGUCACUGAGAAGGAGAGAAGAACUGGACUCAAACGUCACCGCUGUGAGCUCUGUGACAAAUCCUUCACAUCUGAAUCUUUGAAGAUUCAUCAGAGACUUCACACUGGAGAGAAACUGUACAGCUGUGACCAGUGUGGGAAAACUUUCACUACAUCUGGUGCCCUAAAAAAACACCAACGUGUUCACACUGGAGAGAAACCGCACUGGUGUGAAGAGUGUGGAAAAACUUUUGCUACAUCAGGUAACCUAAAAAUCCAUGAACGUGUUCACACUGGAGAGAAACCGUACAGGUGUGAACAGUGUGGGAAAACUUUCACUACAUCAGGUCAUCUAAAAAAGCACCAACGUGUUCACACUGGAGAGAAACCUCACAGGUGUGAACAGUGUGGAAAAACUUUUACUCAAUCAGGUAACUUAAAAAUCCACGAACGUGUUCACACUGGAGAGAAGCCUCACAGGUGUGAACAGUGUGGAAAAACAUUCGCUCAAUCAGAUCACCUAAAAAAGCACCAACGUGUUCACACUGGAGAGAAACCUCACAGGUGUGAUCAGUGUGGAAAAACUUUCACUCGAUCAGGUAACCUAAAAAGGCACCAACGUGUUCACACUGGAAAGAAACCUUACUGGUGUGAACAGUGUGGAAAAACUUUCACUACAUCAGGUCAUCUAAAAAAGCACCAACGUGUUCACACUGGAGAGAAACCUUACAGGUGUGAACAGUGUAGAAAAACUUUUGCUCAAUCAGGUAACCUAAAAAAGCACCUACGUGUUCACACGGGAGAGAAACCUUACAGGUGUGAACAGUGUGGAAAAACUUUCACUACAUCAACUGAAGCAACAAUCCACCGACGUGUUCACACUGGAGAGAAACCGUACUGGUGUGAACAGUGUGGAAAAACUUUUGCUCAAUCAGCUCACCUAAAAAAGCAUCAACGUGUUCAUAUUGGAGAGAAACCUCACGUGUGAAUAGUGUGAAAAAAUCUUCACUACAUCAGGUCACCUAAAAAUCCUUUAACAUGUUCAGACUAGAGUGAAAUCAUGCAGCUGUGGCAAAUCAUGUACCAACAGGAGAACCCUUAGACACAAAUUCAUUCACAAUGCAUCAUUUUGACAUUUUCACAGAGCUGAGCUAGCGGUUUCCUCCUGCCGUGAAUAAAACCUCCUGUUAUCUAGGGCUGCAACUAAUGUAACUAACUAAUUAUUUAUUCGAUUAGUCGACUAGUCACGAGUAUUUUUGUCACCCCCUAAACCUAACCCUAAUUAAACCAUUUAACUAAUUAAAUAUCUUUCAAAUGAAUUACUGAUCUCCAACACACAGCCUAACUAGCUAGCGUUACCCUUUUAGUGAAUGAGGUUUACUAUUCAGAAUGAACACCAGUAUCAAUGCCAGGGGGAAACCAGGGAAGAAGACAAGACAGCGUAGGCUACUCCUAUAAUUCACUGAUUUGU